AGGCUACUUUCGUUUCGGGUUUUUUUUUUUGGCGACUCGUGCAGCUGUGGAAAAAAGACAGACAAAUCAUAACCUCUUCUUUUGAUAAUGCUUGCAAGUUGCAUCAUGAUUAACUGCUUAACAGAGGUCCAUGUUUUUUUCUAACAUAAAGUAUUCUGUGGAAAACAAUACCAGUUGCAGUGUUUGGUAUGACCUCACCUUGUAUCCACAGCUGAGUAGUAUCAACAGUCAAGUGGAUGGUUAAUGAACAAGCCAUUGCAGACCUAUCCAUUGAAAUCAAAAAAGACUCCUAAUCCAUUGACUACCUCAAUCAAUUUUUGGUGGAGUUUGCCAUUUGAUGAUGAUUGGAGAUAUAGUUUCAGCCUCAGAAAAUUCAAAAAUUGUACUAAUUGAGGAUUCCAUUAAUGCGAAUGGCCGCAAUGUUCUCCUGUCUUACAUUGUAUCCCUGUCAAAGAUUACAGAGGAAGUUCACCUUUUGUUGUUUGAUGUUCGAGGCCAAGACACCCAGGAAGCAUUAAAAUCACUUGGAAUUCAGAAUGUCAAAGUACACAGAGCGUCUACAGAUCUCCUACAGUGGGAUCGGUCACAGGGAAUAGGUCUACAUACUGACAUCAAGGCCUACAUCAGAGAGAGACUGUCACUAGGAACAAAAUCUGUAGCAGUGGUCAUUGACUCUCUUAGUCCUUUAUUGACACAUACCUCUCCUUCCUUCACAUGUAAAACUCUCCAUGAACUCGCAUAUUCUGAAGCUCUAAGGUCACAGGUUCAACAGGUGGUGACUUUACUCCAUGGUGAUCUCCAUGACGACAACAGCCUCUCUUUGACUCACCAUACAUGUACAACAGUUCACAAGAUGGUUCCCAUCUCAACACCUCAUGCAAUGUUCUGCUGCAAUACUCUCCAUAAAAAAGUAUCUGGAAAAGUUGUAAAAAUCAGAGAGAGUUUUAAUAUUACUGAAGAGUAUCAAGUUACAGAAGUAGCAGAGGUAAAGCAGACGUCACAAAAUCUACCUGCUGAUCAAAACCAGUUGGACCCAACUGCAAAUCUCACCUUCAAUUUAUCAUUGUCUGACAAAGAAAAAGAGGCACGAAGCCAAGUCAUUCUCCCCUACACUUACAAUAAAGAAAGACAAGAGUGUGUCCUUGCAAAAUCUGUCGGUGAGGGAAAGAUAUUUUAUCAACCAGAUGAGGCAGAUGACUUCGAUGAGGAGGACCCUGAUGAUGACCUUGACAUUUGAACAAAGAAGUUAAUCCAACUUUGUAAAAACUUGAUUUCAGAUUGCUUGACCUAUAUGCACACAUGUUGAAGCAUUGUUCAAAUUCAAUUAAAAUCAAAAUUCAAAAAAUAAAACACAAGCAAGUGUAUACAAUAUUGUAGAAAAUGAUUUUGUAUUAUAUGAAAUAGGGUAUCAUAUGAUAUUGUCUCACAUGGUAUUGAAUCAUGUUAUAUAAUACUAUAUUGUAUCAUGUUAUAUUGUAUAUUACAUUGUAUCAUAUGAUACAAUAUAAUAAUUUGUUAAACAUCAUUUAUAUUGUAUCAUAUGAUACAAUAUUAUAUAAUAUAAAAUCGUGAUGCAAUUGCGUAUUGUGUAAAACAAUAUCAUAUUGUUUUAUAUAAAAUGAUACGAAUAAUAAAAAUGAUAUUGUAUUAUGGGAAAGAUACAAAAAUGUAUAAUAAGAUACAAUAAUAUGAUACAAUGUCAUAUAAUAUAAUACAAUAUCAAAUCUUAAUACAAUGUCACAUCAAAUGAUAAAACAUCAUAUUGUAUCAAAAUAUUAUACAGUAUUAUAUUGUACCAUAUGGUGUAUAAUUGGACACAAUAUUGUAAAGUAUUAUAGAAUACAAUAUUGUAUAGUAGUGUAUUGGUAAAUAAUGUAUCAUAUAAUACAGUAUGAAAUUUACAUAAAAUAUGAUUAUUGUACAAUUUUGAAUCAUACAUGUAUGAUGAUAUAAUACAAUAUUUUGUCAACCCACA